AUGCCCCAAGGCCAUGGGACAAGGCUGUUCCGCCCCUCCAGGACCAGCAUAAAAGCCAGCCCAGAGCCUCUCUCCCUCACACACUUCUCCUCACACCUCCUGCUCCUUCCGACAACCAGUCCAGGCACCCUCCACACCACACCCAUGGCCUGCUACAACCGCUGCAGUCCCUGCGGACCCACCCCGCUGGCCAACAGCUGCAACGAGCCCUGUGCCCUGCAAUGCCAGGAUUCCCGCGUCAUCAUCAACCCUUCCCCUGUGCUGGUCACCCUGCCAGGACCCAUCAUGACCUCCUUCCCCCAGAACACCGCCGUUGGAUCCACCUCCUCGGCUGCCGUGGGCACUGAGCUCAGUGUGCAGGGACAGCCCAUCUCUGGUGGCUUUGGUGGCUUUGGCUACGGCCUUGGCUAUGGCCGUGGAUUUGGCUAUGGCCGUGGAUUCGGCUAUGGGCAGGGCUAUGGCUAUGGCCUUGGCUGCUAUGGCAGCAGGGGCUAUGGCUACAACUGCUAA